CGGGUAUACAAAUACGUAAUAUUAUUACAUUUUAAGCCAACCGGGAGAAAAUUUAUUAAAUCCCGAUAAGAGUCAAACAUAUACAUAUAAGAACGCGUAAAAGAGAGAUACUUCGUUUUCCAAAAACUUUUUAGUUCAAUUUCAUAAAAUGUCUAGUUCUACCAACACCAAGGAAACCCCAAAAAUGCAAUAUGUACGUUUUGGUAACACAGGCUUGAAGGUUUCCAGAAUUUGUCUCGGUUGUAUGUCCUACGGUAGCUCAAAAUGGAGUCCUUGGGUGAAGGACGAAGCUGAAUCAAUCGAAGCUAUUAAAGUAGCCUACAAUGCUGGUAUCAACUUUUUCGAUACUGCUAAUACGUAUUCAAACGGUCAAAGCGAGAUUGUUCUUGGAAAGGCCUUAAGAGAGUUGAAUGCUCUCAGAGGUCGUGUUGUCAUUGCUACAAAAGUUUACGCGCCUGUGUAUCCUAAAGUAGAACAGUAUGGUAUUCGUGACGUGGAUCAGAACCCUGAACUGAUCAACGGCUAUGGUCUCUCUCGUAAGCAUAUCUUUGAUGCCGUAGAUGCCUCUUUAAAGCGACUUGGUGUUGAGUAUAUUGAUCUCUAUCAAAUUCAUCGUUUAGAUACUGAAACCCCCAUGGAAGAAAUAAUGGAGGCCUUGAAUGACUUGGUUCGCUCUGGAAAAGUUAGAUACAUUGGAUCCAGUGGCAUGUGCGCAUGGCAGUUUCAAAAGUUAAACUCUAUUGCCGAACGCAGAGGAUGGACAACAUUUGUAUCGAUGCAAAACUUGUAUAACCUUCUCUAUCGCGAAGAAGAGAGAGAAAUGAUCCCCUAUUGUGUUGAUGCUGGUAUCGCAGGAAUCCCAUACUCCCCAUUGGCUACUGGCCAAAUUACCGGCAAGAACAGAGACACCGCUCGAUCAAAAACUAAUUUCCAAAUGACCACUUUAUAUCCUGUUGCCAAGCAAGAUAGUAAUGAAAUUAUCAUUGAUCGUGUCGAAGAGCUCGCCAAGAAGUAUGGUGCUUCCAAUGCACAAAUUGCUUUAGCAUGGCACUACACAAAGCCCUAUGUUGUAUCUCCUAUUGUUGGUGUCUCUAAAGUCGAACAACUUUAUGAUUUGAUCGGUGCAAUGGACAUUAAGUUAACAAAGGAAGAUGCCGACUACCUGGAAGAACCUUAUACACCAAGACCUGUUUCUCUCCUUGCUCAAUUUAAUCAAAAAUAAAAAAAUUCGUUGUAUUGUUCUACCACUUGAAGUCUUCUUUUCCAAAGGAGAAAUGAUACUAUUUUACAUGAUUUAGUUGGUUCCAAAUAUGCUUUUGUAAUUAACAUGACAGUUUCUGUUUUGUUAUUGUGUUUUCACCAGGCAUGAUUAUUGAUUUUAAAAUUGUACAGUGUGAUGACUACUGACGAUGCCUUUUACGUAGUGUGCAAUUUCGAGGAAAACAAUUUUCAUCUCAUCGUGAAGUGCCGUAAAAAAAAAAGCACAAAGCUUGUGCAUCUAACUAAAAAUAUUUAACUGAUCGCAUAGACAAUAAGAUAUGGACAUGGAUUAUAUCCGUAUGUAAGCACACAUCCCCCUUCCAUGAGCAAUAGGGGUC